UUCGUGCAUCGCGAUACCAUUCUGUGUGUAAUAAUUGCGUGCAAAUACGUUUGUAAUACCUUUGUGUCAAAUUUAUCGACAAUCUUAAAAGAAAUAUUCAUGAAUUCAAGUGAAUUUUAUUCGGGCUGAUUGCUUGAGCAAGAUUCUGUAAUAUAACUUUAAGCAUGUUUGGGCAAACUGGAAAUACAUCGUUCAGUGGAUUUAGUACAGCAACACAAAAUAGUCCAUUUGGCCAAUCUGCAUUUGGCAAACCCAUUACUACAACAAGUUUUGGUAGUGGCGCAACACCUGUCUUUGGUAGUAGCAAUACUUCAUCACUCUUUAGUUCUAAGCCCACAGGUUCUACUACAGGUGGCUUGUUUGGAAAUACCACAACGCCACCAGCAUUUAGACAGCCCACUAAUACGCAACCGUCUUUUGGAGGCUUUGGGACAACAAAUACAAGCACUAAUCUUUUCGGCACUCAACAAAAUGCUGGUACAAACCUUUUUGGCACAAGUACAGGAACUUCGGCAUUUGGUCAAGCGAAUAAACCUGGUUUUAAUUUCGGCACGACAUCUGGAACCAAUUUGUUUGGACAACCACAACAGAAUACACAACAAACUACUCCGUUCGGUCAAGCCAAUACUACCCCAAAUACAAAUCUUUUUGGUUCAACUACAGGUUUUGGCAAUACUAACACCACCACUGUACCAACUGGUACUGUAGUAAAAUUUACACCUCUCAUUACAACCGAUUCUAUGUCCAAAAAUGGAAUAUCACAUAGUAUUUCGGCCCGUCAUUGUUGCAUUGCAUCUAUGAAAGAAUAUGAAUCAAAAUCAUACGAAGAAUUGCGCUUCGAAGAUUAUCAAGUUGGAAGAAAGGGUCCACAAACAGGACUUUUUGGAUCGUCAACGCAAACACCAUUUGGUAGUACAUCAGCUGGUACUAGUACAGCUGGAACUGGUUUUGGAUCAAUGACCGGAGGAUUUGGUACCACCAGCCAAUCAGGAUCAACUGGAUUAUUUGGAAAGCCCAUUACCAAUUUUGGAACACCAGCUACCACAACAACCAACAGUUUUGCAUUCAAUACACCUACUACAAAUUUGUUUGGUACUAAUACUCAAACAAAACCAUUUGGUACAGCUGCCCCGACACCGCUUUUUGGCAAUAGUAGUACUAAUCAAACUGCAGGAACAGGUUUUGGUAUUAAUACUGGACAGAAUACAGGAUUUGGAUCUGCAUUUGGUUCCACACAACCUAAUCAGAGUAUUGGACUGUUUAAUCAGAACAAAUCUGCUUUUAAUAUCCCAUCGACGUCGACUAGUACUGGCUUCACUAGCUUUGGUCAACCAGCAACAAAUACUACUACACCGUUGUUUGGUAAUAAAACUACUACCACUGGAUUUGGAACAACAUCUACAUUUGGUACUGCUGCACCUUCCACAUUUGGAACUAAUACAGGUUUCAAUUCGGCUUCCAAUACCGGAUCGUCAUUGUUUAAUUCGUCAUUUAAACCAGCUGGGCAAACAUCAGGAUUUUCCUUUGGGACUACAUCUGCGUCUUCUACUGGACUUGGUACAAAUACUGGAUUAAACUUGGGCGGCGGUUCUUCAUUGUUUGGGCAACAAAAGCCGGGUAGUUUGUUUGGAAAUACCGCAAAUAAUACAACAUUUAAUAAUCCUGGAACAUUUGGAUCUUCUACUUUUGGAACAGGCUCUAAUAUGAUGUCUGGAACAGGAAUGGGCUUGCUUAAUGGAGGAGUGGCAUCGAAUCAAGCUAAAACGAAUGGUUCUGUACCAGUGCAUCAACAAAUUUUGGCUCUCGUUUCUGCACCAUUUGGCGAUUCACCAUUAUUGAAGAAUCUUUUACCAGCAUCUGGAAAAGCUGAAGAACUCUUAAAGCCCACAAAUCCAACCUCAAAAGUAUUAAACAGUCCGCAAUACAGAGUUACCGCCAAUAACAAAUCUCCAAAAAUCAAAACAAGAGUCGUCAGUUCUGCACAGUUAUCUAAAAAAUCUUUGUUUGAUGGUCUUGAAGAAGAAGAUCCCGUGAUAACCGAAGCUUUCCAACCUCGGCCAAGUGCAAAACGUUUGGUGUUACGACCAAAGUCUGCGACAAAUUCCUCAGUUGAUUCUCCCGCUGAAAACGGAGAAUCAAACGGAAUGACAAGAAAUGGUAUCACUGAUGAUAGGGCCGAUACAUCAGAUGUAAUACACAGUAACAAUAUUGAAGUGAACGAUAAAGAAAAUCACAGCCAAGACAAUAAUCGACUUUCCAAUGAUCGACGAUCAUCUACAUCUUGGUUGAAGUCGACACUUCCGCGAAAGAAUAAAAUUUAUGAGUCGAACGAUGAAUUGCUUGAGGGGCAGCGAUCACCCUUUUCUGGAACAAAUGUACCCGAGGAAGUAAAUAAUACGGUGGCCGAAUUUAGAUCGCCAAACAAUUCGUCAAAUACGAAUCAUUCAGAAACGAUUAAUUUGACCGAAGUCCCACUGAACUCUACUUUUGAUGAUAGAAAUUCCGUGAAUCUUUCUAUGCCAAAUGCAGAAUCCAGUCAAGAAACAGACGAUGGUUCAUUCUCGAUGUUACAAUCUAAUUGGAGUAUGAACAUGGCCAAAGUUACAUUACGACGAGCAGGUUACUACACUAUUCCGUCGCUCGAUAAACUAGACGAUUUUGUCUGCGGCGAAACCUGCAUCGUACCAAAUUUUACAAUCGGCCGCGAGGGUUAUGGCAAUGUAUACUUUCCGGAUUCGUUUGAUAUAUAUGGCUUGAAUCUCGAUGAAAUAGUACACUUCCGUAAUAAAGAGGUAAUUAUUUAUCCCGACGAUGAGAAGAAACCACCGGUGGGACAAGGUUUGAACCGAAGGGCACAGGUCACUCUGGACAAAGUGUGGCCACACGACAAGUCGCUGCACGAGCCGAUUACAGAUCCACAACGACUCGCUGCAAUGAACUAUGAAGGCAAAUUACGCCGAGUAUCCGCGAAGCAUGAUACUCGUUUCCUCGAGUAUCGACCAGAAACUGGCUCGUGGGUCUUCAAAGUCGACCACUUCUCCAAGUACGGUCUUAGUGAUUCAGACGAGGAUGACAAUCAGAUUCCGCCUAAUUCGGAAGUAAAGAAACUGAAAGGAUUUCCCGCAUCUCUGCAAAAGGGCAAGUCUGUUGAUCCAUCUACUGCAACGAAUAAGGAAGCAAUCAAUGGAACGAUUAAUGGAACGCUCGGCGAUACGAAAAUCGUAAACGGCAAGCAUCCAAAUGUUGAGAGCAAUUUUUUAGGAAAAACUCCAAUCAGCCGCUUCGCCUACAACGAUCAGAGUUAUGAGGAACGAGGAAUGAGUCCCUGGGAAAGUUCAUUUAGCCGUGCUAGUUAUACACCCGGGGAUUACAGUUACGAAAAGCGAAUGACUGUUAGUCCGAUCGGCGAUAAUGCCCGAGUCGCUGGUACAGACAGUCAUAAAUUGCAGCUCAUGAAAGCAAGCUUUUUUGACAUGCACGACGAGGAUAUGAGCGAGGAAACGAGCAACGACAUAUUCCCCUCCGUACAGAAAACUUUGAUACGUUAUUUUCCAGAUGUUAACGAGACCAAGAACGAUGAAGCUUCGUACAACGCUAUGAUGUUGCGAUCGACUCUUGCCACAAACGAAACGUUGUUUUCUGCAUGUCCGGAAAACACGCUUUAUACAUCGAGCAAGAAGUCGCAUUUAUCGCGUACCAGCGUGAAGGAUAAACAGCCAAUUAUUGAAAGAACGAUCCUACCACGUAUGGCCACCCCAGUAACGAGUGUUUUGAAAUAUCAUUACGAAGUCGUACCGCUUGAAGAAUCCAGAUUGAACAAGUUGCGAUUUCGUUGUAUCGCCGACACUGGUAUCUACAUGGGCAGGAUGUUUCGACCAAGUUGGGGUGCUGGUUUGACAUUGCUGUCUUUAAGCACUCAAGAUCAGGCAACUAAAAUGCAACUGCGAAACACAUUCAGUCAACUGAGUUGUUAUGUGUCCGGUCGUUUUAUCGACGACAUCACGUCGACGGUGAUCGUUCAACGUCUGCAGAUCCUAGGUGGCGACGAGCACGACGCGAAAUCAUUCAAGGACAGUAUAGAACGUCACUUGAGAAUUCAGCUGGAUCAUUGUGUGAUGGGUCAAGAGGGAGACUGUCCUACGUUCGAUGUAGCAACCGAUACCGCGAACGAAGCAUUGCAAUUGCAUUGCACUUUGGCGCAGGAUCUCGUGGAAAAGGAACAGAGACCGAACGAGGAUGCCAACGACGAGCAAUCACUCUGCAGUAGUGCCGCUGAAAGAUCAUUUCGUCAAUACGCAAGUAUUGUGUGGACCCUCUGCGUGGCACUCUGGGGAAAUAUCGAUCAGGAAGCAAUCAAUAAUACCAAUGAAAAACAUUAUAACGUUAUGAUGAGGAGAGAGGCUGUAGGUGACUGGUUGAAGAAUGUAGUGCAGAAGACGGUUGAGAGAGAGAUCAAAAGCGUUGACAGCAUUGAGACUAGAAACUUUCAUGAGAAGAUAAUAUUGUCGCUGCUUUCUGCUUGUAAGCUGGAGGAAGCUUGCCAAGAAGCGCGAAAGGCUGGGGAUCAUUGUCUGGCGUUACUGAUGGCGCAACUGCGGAGCGGCGAAUCAAUCAAGAAACUGAUCAAGCAGCAACUUGCCUUAUGGCAAGAGACCGAUGUGGAUGAAAAUCUCACGAUCGAUCGUCUGAAGCUGUUCAUGCUAAUUGCGGGAGUGCCACUCAUCUCUAGCAAACACGGCACUAUCAAUGUGUGCGAGGAUUUGGACUGGAAACGGGCUUUCGCUAUCCAUCUGUGGUACUUAUCGCCACCGACUUGCUCGAUCACCGAUGCCUUGGACCUUUAUGAAGCAUCCUUCGAUACAACGGAGGCUGAAGCGUACGCGGCAGUUCCGGAACCCGAAUAUAAGGAGAAUGACUAUGACGCCGAGUUGACUAAUGGCAAGCGGAUACACGAUCUCUGCUUCCAUCUUUUGAAAUUAUAUUGCACAGGAAAUCAUGAUUUAGGCGAACUUUUAAAUCCACUAUCGUACACCGCUAAUCCUUUGGAUUAUAGAUUGAGUUGGUUGGUGCAACAAACGCUCGUAGCCUUGGGUUACACGCAUCUCUCCGAUCACGUUGCCGCAUUAACACAUACAAACUUUGCGAGUCAAUUGGAGGCACACGGACUGUGGCACUGGGCGAUCUUUGUAGUAUUACAUUUACGAGACUCCUCUAGACGACGAACUGCUGUACAAGAUCUACUGUUACGUCACAUAGAAAUAGACGAUACCCCGGAAUAUACGAAACGUGAACAAUUUUUGAAGGAAGAGCUUGGUAUAUCAUCAGUUUGGAUCUAUCAAGCUAAAGCCAUUAAAAGUAGCAUUAACAAGAGGCAUGGCGAAGCAGCUUGGUAUUACAUCCAGGCGGAACAAUGGACUCAGGCCCAUGAAAUUAUUAUAGAACAUCUGGCAGCUGAUGCUAUAAUAAAUGAAAAUUAUGAAUAUUUAAAAUCAUUAUUGAGUCCGCUAGUCGAAUGUAGUGGCACAAUUAGUGGAUGGUCGCAUCAAGGAGAGCUCUUGUGGGAAUACAUGGAAAUAACCAACGAGGUUAAGAAGCUAUUAAAAUCUGCUCCGGAUUACUGUGGAUUAACUUAUCAAAUGGAAGCGCUGAAACCUCGAUUAACGGGCUUGUGUCAGAAGAUUGAUCAAUUUCCAUGCCCAACUGCUAAACAUAGAUUAUGCCAGGCUGAAAUUGCAAAGAGAAGUCUACACUUGACUAGGAAUAUGCUGCUACUACAGAAAAACGAGCAAAGAUCCGUCACAAAGUUGUUAAUUCGUCUAAUAUCUCAGCUACCCUUACCAGAAGAUUACGCGCAGCAGGAGCUUCGACCUAUCGUUAAUACACGUGUGACAGAAGUAAUGCCCUAAUGCGAACACGAAAUAGCGUAUACAAGUUAAUUUAAUAGUAAGCUGUAAAGUCCCGUUUCUUACUUUUCGUUUUUGCACAAGCUGUAAUUGCAUAGGAAAUAACAUGAGGGGUUUGUUUUUAAAUCUUUUGGCCCGAUGCAGUGUAUACGUAUUACAAUGAAUUACAGCGAACGAAUUACUAACGAAUUAUAUGAUUCGUACAAUAGUAUUUGUAAAGUUGGAAAUUUAUAGACACGUGGCAAAAUACAUUAAUAUGUGAUACUAUUUAAGUCUUUCUUACAUUUUUAUCAAUUUACGCACAAAAUUAUUGAGUGAUUUAAGAAAUUUGUGUGACUAACCGUGAAAAAUGUUAAAUAUGUAAUGAAGUAUAGUUGAUUGAAAUUGAAAUUGAUGAAGACCCUGAAUGAAAUAAUCACAAAGAAACAUUUCUCUAUCAUGUGUCACGGUUUUCUUGUGUACAAUUUUUAGAUAUUGUCGCAUUAGGUAUCUUUUGGAAUACGUUAUGCGCAACUACGUGAAUUUGUAUGUAUUAUAUGAUAUACCCGUCAUAUAAUAUGUAUAUAAUCGUUAUCCGUUUUCGCAUUUCGGUUCUUCUUUUAUAUGUUCAGAUAUCUCUCGUCGCAUAUUACAAAUACAAAAUUUAGAAAAAAGUAUAUGUGUAAUUAGCACGAAUGUAAAUUAUUGCACAACUUGUAUAUUAUGCUAAGUUGGACAUGUUCGGACAAAUGUAUUCCGCGAAAACUUCUUAAAACAGUGCGCAUUACAGAUCUUUCCAUCAUCGGUAGAAUAGAUAUUUUCGCGAGAAAAAAAUAAGAAUGCAGUGGUAUAACUUACAAUCACGAAACUAGUAGAAUACGUAUAUGUGUAUAAGAAAUAUUUGUAUAAAUGACACUAAGUUUUCACUCUUUUAAAGUUGAAAUAAAUAAAUAAAAUAUUUACAUAUGG